AUGUCUCUCGACAGUGCGGAGUUUCAUGCAGCUGUUUACGAUUUGGUGAGACUUAUUCCGCCAUGUCGAGUAACUAGCUAUGGCCACAUCGCAAAGCUGGCUGGAAUGCAUAACCACUCCCGUCAUGUUGGACAAGCUCUCAAGUUCCUUCCGCCAAACCCUAAUCCACCGAUUCCAUGGCAUCGUGUUAUUGGUGCAUCUGGAACCAUAUCUUCCCGAGGACCGGGAACGGAUGGUGCCCAACGUCAGCGAGACGCGCUCGAAGCUGAAGGCGUCGAGGUGACAACUGGCCGAACCGGGGAUAUGCGGGUAGAUCUUGCACGGUUUGGUUGGUUCCCUUCAAUAAAUGAGAUUCUCCAGCUACGAGGAGAGGAGGAUGAAGGACGGGAAGACCCUAGCAGUGUAUCCUGA